AUGAAAUCUUUUCUUCUAUACACAGCACUAGCAGCAUUUCCAUUGACUGUCUCUGGAUUUCCACGGGUUGCUCAGGAAGCUGCCCUUCAAUUGUCACGCUCAGUGGGUGCAGUACCUAGAAGCAACGGGAAGCGAGCAGUAAUGUUCGACCCUGCUGCUCAGUUGGUGGAUGUCACUGGAGCGCAUGCGUUCACACCACCUGAUUUUGAUGCUGGAGAUCAGAGAGGACCAUGUCCAGGACUGAAUGCGCUGGCAAAUCAUAAUUACCUGCCUCAUGAUGGUGUGGCUGCGUGGAUCGAUAUUUUCAAUCAAACAGUGUCAGUGUACGGCUUGGGCGAAGAUAUUGCGGCCUUUCUCGCAGUUUACGGUGCAAUAUUCGAUGGAAGCAUUGUUUCUCUGGACCCAGGGUACUCAAUCGGAGGUCCAACAUCGUUGGACGAGAAUAUUCUCGAGGGCCUUGGUAUACUCGGUACUCCUCAAGGUCUCUCUGGUUCCCACAACAAAUACGAAUCGGAUGCCUCCUCGUGCCGUUACGAUUUAUACACUGGAGGAAAUGACUACAAGUUGAUAUCUCUCAACAUGUUCUUGAAAUCUGUGAACGAGAACCCGCAGUUCUUCUACGCACCCUUCGCAGGUGUAAUCGCUUCGACAGGCGGUUUCAGCUUUCCACCACGAAUGAUGUCCAACAAGAGCGCCGAAUACCCCGACAAUGGUAUUCUUGACAAGGAGGUCCUCAAGUCCUUCUUCAGCAUUUCAGGGCCUGAUGACGACCUGACCUACACCUAUGGACAUGAACAGAUUCCGGCAAAUUUCUAUCGACGCGCCAUCGGCAACGAGUACAUCUUUGCCGAAUUUCUCGAAGACACUGCCAUGUUUGCCAGCUAUUUCCCCGAAAUGAUCAGUAUUGGCGGCAACACAGGCACUGUUGAUUCUUACGCUGCUAUUGAUCUUGGUAAUCUUACAGGGGGAGUUUAUGAGGCCACGACUCUGCUGGAGGGCAAUAAUCUUGCCUGUUUUGUUUUCGAGAGUCUACUAGCCGCUGCACCAGAUGUGUUGAAGGGUGGCUAUAGUGAUCCAAGCGGGCCAAUGAGCACACUUCUUGAUAAUGUCAACACACUGAUUGGGAAUUAUGCUUGCCCGACAAUUGAGUCGUUGAAUGAGGGACAGUUCGCAGAUUAUCCUGGUGCGCAGACGACCUCUACUGGUGGUGGUAUCUUGUAG